AUGUCGUUUUCUCUGGCGAAGCGGUGGUGUGAAACGCCACUAAUGAGACGCGUCUUGCAGUUCAAAAUAUGCAGGAGGAAAAUACAAAGCUAUAACAACAUGACCUACUCAGUGUUAAGACACCGCUGGAUCAAACGGCUGCCCGUGUUCUCCGGCGGCUUCAAGACGGUCAGCACGCAAAUCGACAAGGACACUCUUGACCUGUCUAAGUUCCCAGUGGACAGAAUCAGGAACUUCUCCAUCAUUGCUCAUAUUGACCAUGGAAAGAGCACUUUGGCUGACAGACUGCUGGAGAUCACCGGCGCCAUAGCAAAGACGGCGAAGAACAAGCAGGUGUUGGACAAGCUUCAGGUGGAGCGGGAGAGAGGGAUAACAGUGAAGGCUCAGACGGCCUCGUUGAUUUAUAGCCACGAGGGGCAGCAGUACCUCCUGAACCUCAUCGACACGCCGGGUCAUGUUGACUUCAGUUAUGAAGUGUCCCGAUCAAUUUCGGCCUGCCAAGGAGUCCUGCUGAUCGUCGACGCCAAUCAGGGGAUUCAAGCACAGACAGUGGCCAACUUCUACCUGGCCUUUGAAGCUCAGCUGGCGAUCAUCCCCGUCAUCAACAAGAUCGAUUUGAAAAAUGCUGAUCCAGACAGGGUGGAGGCGCAGAUCGAAAAGGUGUUUGAUAUUCCUCGUGAAGAAUGCAUUAGGAUUUCAGCUAAACUCGGGACAAACGUCGAGGCGGUUCUCCAGGCCGUUGUGAACAGAGUUCCCCGGCCCGUGGCGAGCAUCGAUGACCCGUUUAAAGCCCUGGUCUUUGACUCCAAUUUCGAUCACUACAGAGGAGUGGUGGCCAACAUCGCCGUGUUAGGAGGUCGGGUUAGAAAAGGCGACAGGAUCGUGUCAGCACAUCUCGGCAAAAGCUACGAGGUCAACGAGCUGGGCCUCCUCCGGCCAGAUGAGCACCCGACACAGAAGCUGUUCGCAGGCCAAGUGGGCUACAUGAUAGCCGGGAUGAAGGAUGUGAAGGAGGCCCAGAUCGGGGACACACUCUACCUGCAGGAUCACCCGGUGGAAGCUCUCCCAGGGUUUAAACCCGCCAAAGCCAUGGUGUUUGCUGGCAUGUAUCCGAUGGACCAGUCGGAUUACGCGGGGCUUCGCAGCGCCAUCGAGCGACUGACCCUGAACGACUCAAGUGUCACCGUGCAGAGAGACAGCAGCAUGGCCCUGGGAGCGGGCUGGAGGCUCGGCUUCCUGGGACUCCUCCACAUGGAGGUGUUCAAUCAGCGGCUGGAGCAGGAAUACAACGCCUCCGUUAUAGUGACGGCGCCCACUGUGCCCUACAAGGCCGUCCUCUCCUCAGCCAAACUCAUCAAGGAACAUGGCCGUGAGGAGAUCACCAUCGUGAACCCCGCUCAGUUCCCGGACAGGUCGGUCGUGUCCGAGUAUUUGGAGCCGAUGGUGCUGGGGACCAUUCUCGCUCCAGACAGUUACACCAGCAAGAUCAUGUCUCUCUGCUUGACUCGCAGAGGGAUUCAGAAGAACAUGGUGUACAUAGACGAACAGCGAGUCAUGAUGAAGUACCUCUUCCCUCUGAAUGAGAUCGUGGUGGAUUUCUACGACCUUCUCAAAUCUCUGUCUUCCGGAUAUGCCAGCUUUGACUAUGAGAAUGCAGGCUACCAGGCUGCUGAUUUGAUCAAGAUGAAUAUUCUGCUGAAUGGGCAGCCCGUGGAAGAACUCAUCACCAUUGUACACCGGGGCCGCGCGUACAGCGCAGGGAAAGCCAUGUGCGAGCGACUCAAAGACUCCAUACCCCGGCAGAUGUUUGAGGUCGCUGUACAGGCAGCCAUUGGAAGUAAGGUCAUCGCCAGGGAAACUAUCAAGGCAUUUAGAAAAAAUGUCCUCGCUAAAUGUUACGGAGGUGACAUAACACGGAAGAUGAAGCUGCUGAAGAAACAGGCCGAGGGUAAAAAGAAGAUGCGGCGCAUCGGCAACGUGGAAGUUCCCAAAGACGCCUUCAUCAAUGUGCUGAAGAGGAAAGACAAAUAGACCCCAAUAAUAGGAUUGUAUAGAAAUGUAAUUAUCGUAUUUAUAUGAGAACGGCUAGAUGUGCUCUGAAUAAAGUGCUCUUUGAUUCUACAA